CACGGCAAGUAAGUCUGUAUAUGUUUCAUUAUUAACCUGUGCAAAUAUGGCCAGUGUGACUGUGUUCUUAUAUGUUCCAGUAUAAUACUCACUGCGAGCGUUAAUUAGCAUGUUAACCUGAGCAAACAUGAUUACGGCGAGUUUAUAUUUGCAUGUUCUAGUAUACCACCUGGGCCAAAAUGCUUAUAAAAAGUUGUCGACUGUGUGCCAAGUUGUUCGUUUCGUUGCCCCUGGUCGUGUGGGCAGUGUUUAUAUACCGGCUGUAUUUAAAAAGCGCUAAUGACAUUGAAAAUCAAUGGCACUACUACCUCAACCCAUUGGAAGGCACGGAAUUCAUGAACAUGCAUCGAGACAUGUUUGAAUUGACCAUUGAUACACCGGACCCGAAAUUAAUUGGCGAAGGUAAAGAUCUGUUCAAACCCCCUUUAAAAAAGGUCCGACACUUUGACAACAAUAUCGUCCUUUUCUCUGCCGUCGCCGGAAACUCAUCGUCUGAACAUAUCUGGGACACGAUCGACAUCGUGGGAUGGGAGAAUAAAAAUCUAAUCAACAAUACGUACAAGUGCUGUGUGCGGUUUACAUCCGGUGAAGUGCAGUCGGUGCCGGCGACCAGGAUCAUAUGGUCGAAUCUUUUGUCGAACAUGUCGGCCAUGCAGUUUGUCUGCUCCAACCUUACCUCCCGAUUCGGAGAGCUACCAGAAGUUGCAACCCUAGAGGGCCACAAUAAGGAGUGCCAUAGCUUAUUCGACUGGUACCUACCCGUGACAUUCGCGCAUGCGCACAAAAACGAGAUCGCCGUUUGUUCUCAGAUCGCCUACGGCAGCAAGGCAGCAGACGACCUGCUCAGCUGGUUCGAGCUGCAUCGACGGCUGGGCGUCACCAAGGUGCUCCUGUUCACUCAUGACUUGAACCAUGAGGCGACUCGGGUACUGCAGCACUACCGUGCGCUCGGAAUGGCUGAUACAGUUCCCUUCGCAUACCCAACCGAUGACCAAAUUAACCAUGUGACCGGUGAGAAUACCUAUCAAUCAUGGAAUGAUGAACAAAUUACGAUAGUUGAUUGCCUGGCGCGCCUGCGUGGAUACCGUUAUCUCGCUCUUGUGGACACGGAUGAGAACCUUAUAUCCAACCGGGGACUGCCGUGGAUGUCAAUUUUGGACGAAUUGUUCGCUAAAUAUCCCGACGCCGCGGGCGUCACGUUUCUCGUGAAAAUUCACAUUAUCUCACCGAACUUGAAGAGCACUGGCUCGCAAUUCAAGGUAGGACAGUACUUGAACAGCACGCGCCCUUGGAAUGACCGGGUGAAGCACGUGACCAUGCCUGAUCGGGUGUAUUCUGGCGGAUUGCACACACACGAAUUUUACGUCAAGGCCGGGUUCAAAAGUUAUUGGGCGAGCGCGGAGGACGCCGUCAUUCACCACUUCCGGGCCUGUCUCUGGCAAUGGCAAGGGGGGCAUUGCACGUGCUCUAUGUGUGAACAAACAUUAGACGACACUGUCGCAAAACUUUUCGAGAAAAUAGAACCGGACGUGUUAAAACUAAAAGCCAAACUAUCUGAUUAAAUACUAGAGUUGCUACACCUUAAGGGUUUCGCGGGAUGGAAUGAGUGGGAACUAGAAAAUAGGGUACGAAAAUUUUGGGUAAAAAAAUGUGAGAGCGAAAAUUUUGGGUACGAAAAAAACUGUGGGUAUGAACAUUUUGGUUACGAAGAAAAUGUGGGUACGAAAAAAUU